UUUGGGUCAACCCCGACCGCUCUGUGCUGCAGCUGCCCCUAUCACAACCUCCAACAACAACAACAGCAGCAGCAAUGUUAUCGCAGAGUGUUUUGAAUGCAACUCUGUGGAUCAUCAUCAAGAGAAGAUGGCAACAAAUUUGGAAUUACAGCCCCUACAGAGUUAUAAGGAGAUAGACCAACAAUGGCUAAAGCUAAUGCUCUCAAAAAAAUUUGGUUGCAGUAUUUAUGUUCACUCCUGGUCAUCAACUUUGCCAGAAAAACGAGAGGGUUUCUUAAGUGAAAUUGCAUUUGUAAAUGUAAAGUACACAGCUAAAGGCAGCAACGAGUGUGAAACACAGUUGGUGUUCAAGUUUCUGCCACAGGAUGCAGACCUGAUGAGAUAUUUAGCAAAUGGAGGCUUAGCAAGGCGUGAAGUUGAGUUUUACCAGUUUGCCAUCAGUCCAAGUUUUCAAGAAAUGUUACAGAAAUGUGGACUAGUUCUUCCUAUACCUGAAGUCUAUUAUACUGGUUACAAGGAGGAUGCUGUAACUAUUGUUUUGCGUGAUCUUAGUGUAGACAAAUAUAAAAGUGUAAUUGUGAAAGAUGGCAGCACUCUGGCCCAGACCAAGACAGCCCUUCAAGCUGUUGCAGUCCUUCAUGCUGCUGGAGUUCUCUACUUGCAGCAAAAUGGCAAAGAUAAUGCCCUGUCAUACUUAGCAACUGAAUUUAAGACCAACUUCUGUGACGAGUUAUUCAUUUCUAAUCUGAAAGUUCUUGCAAGAAUGUUUAAAGAAUCUUCAUUAGCUGACACCUUUUCCUCCCUUAUUCCCUUGGUUAAACAUAUCCACUCAACUCCUCAGAGAUAUCCCUUAUUGUAUACUAUUGUUCAUGGGGACUUGUGGGCUGGCCAACUUCUUUUCUCUGAUGAUGAAAGUACAGUGAGCAUAAUUGAUUGGCAGUUUUGUCACAUUGGCACUCCUGUUAGCGACAUCAUGUCCAUGCUUUUUAUGAGUAGUGAUCCCAAAAUUUUGAAGGAGAAUCUGGGAGAAGUCCUGGAGAACUACUGGUGCACUUUUUACAAAGUUGUCACAGCAGGAGGAGCAAGUGUUGAGGUGAGUUUGGAGGAGCUUUCAGCCAAUGUGGAAGAGAUGUGGAUGUAUGGCUUUAUGUUCCUGGCAGUCAGCAUUAUGGAUUUCCUGAAUGGGGACAGCAUCUCUGACUACAGGGUUGAUGGAGCUUUACGCUUCUUGGAAAAAAAGGGCGUUUUUAAAAAGUUCUUGGAAGAGUUUGAACAUUGAUUUUUAACAGGCAGAUUAUACAAAUUCAAAACAACUUACGGCGUUUUUAUAUAAAGCAUUUUAAUGUGUUAGAAACUUAUGUUAUUCAGAUAAAGAAUAUAUAAAAUGUGAUAUUAAAGGCAAUGGCCAUAUUUCUUUCACUUUUGUUAUUCAUGUUGUUUGCUAAUUAAUUUUAAUUUUUAAGUCUAACACGUGUUUGUCCAGAAUGGUGCCCAUAUCUCAAGAAUAUUCUUGAGAUAUGGGCACCGUACCUUAAUUUAGUUUAGUUCAUUUAUUAUGCACCCCAUACCCAUCUUGUGAGUGUGCCUCUGUAACCCUUG